AUGCACCAGAGUCGUCAACGUGAACAGGAGCCCACGCGCUGGUACCGAUUGGCGGAUUCUCGCGCGCUCUUUACUGCUCUGCAUGAGACCCCAAAUGAGGGACCGUUACUUCCUGUUGGGGGACAAACGCGGCGCUCUUUCACAAAGUCCGCGCCGUACACGUGCAUGGGCGAUCGUCUUCGUUUCUACUCUGGCAGGGUGUCUCCGCUGCGGCGAUACGUGGCCAUGCAGUAUACGGAAGUCCCGACGUCAUGGAUGCAGCAGGAGGGCGGGAGGUCAGGAAAGGGCCCUCAAGUGCAAAUUCCUUUGGGUUCCUUCUCAUCUGCAGAGACCGUGGUGCGGCCUCUGGCAUCAUUUCCAUUUCCUUAUGGCGCAGACCAGCCGCCUACGCGACAGCACGAUGGCCGGUUGCAGCAGUCCCUGCCGGAGCGACAGCAGCAGCAGCCACAGCAAGGCAUUAAUUUCCCUGUGCCAUCCAUGUCGCAGGGAAACCCGGACGGUCCGCCCGGUCCUGCUGCUAGAAACUUAUACGCACCGUACUCGGCUGUGGAGCCAGCUGCUUGGCAAGCAACAGAGCCAGCGGCCUUUACCGCAGCUGCAUCAGCGCGGCCCGCUGCCGAGCAUCAACAUGGCACGGGCAAUAUGUACUUCGGGACGGCACAGCAGGGUGCCAUGGUUAGAGGGCCCACGUUCACAAGCGCAGCAGGUGACGUUGGGGGGUACAUCGCGCCGGUGCACGAAGGACUAACGCCAGCAGCCGCUGUGGCUGCGGUUGCUGCUGUCGAGUUUGGUGCCACAACCGGUGCUGGGGGCGGUCAGGAGCUGCACACUGUCGCGCUCCCCGGCCCUGCUGCCAGCAGGCCUGUAGCAAAUACACACGACAGCCGUGUACAACGACCCGUGGCGGGUAUCGCUGGUGCAGAACAGGUGCAGCGGCAAUCGCCUAACCACGGCAACUCGACGGCCGUGGACUAUCGGCCGUGGACGUCGGCCUUGGACUACCCUCCGUAUCAGCUGCAGGGCAUACUGUGGCGCGGCCCGUCGGCACCGCUGACGACGCCAGCAUACAACAGGGGUCCCGAACCUGUUUCCAAAAACCCCGCCGCUCCACCGUACAGUACAAACAGCAUUACGGCCAUUCAGCAGUGGCUGCUGCUGGUGCCAGACCAUUCAAAGGCGGCGCUAGCAAAGGCAUGGUCCACUUCCGUGCAACGUGCUGCCACUGCGGCGGUAUUCAGCAGUUCGUUGGGCAGGACGGGUGCUGGGGGCCCAGCCACAGCGGCGACAACAGCACCAGCGGCCCGCGUCCACAACAACGUAGCGGCAUUAUGGGGCCCAGCGUCACGACGCGCGCCUCCGGUGGCGGCUGCAACGGCAUCGAAGCUGCACGUUCAAUCGCCGCAACCAGCGCUGCUAUCGGGGGUGGCGAUGAAGGCGCACAUAUACCACCCGGCUGACACCGCCUUGACACCCGAGCUUGUUCUGCGGUACACCAACCUGCUCUAUGGUGAGGACUGGGGCAAAGGGAACCACUUCACCCAGCUGCAGCCUCCGGAGCCACCAGGGCCCAACAUGGCCGCUGGCAUUUCCGGUGGUAGCUCUCUGGGGGCAGGGGGCCAGCCUCACGGCUCCAAUCGCCAUGCAGUCAUGGCGAGUGGCACACAGCGACUGUACAACAUGUACAACCAACUGCUCGGAAGAAAUACCGCAAGCAUGAGUCCGAAGGGUCCUGCCUUAACAGGGCCGGAUGGCUCCCAGGAGCUGUUGGGCGGUCAAGCAAGGAGACAGCCUCUGGCGUGCUUACCAUACAUGCCUGACUUAGCGGAGCAUGUGGCUAAAGGUGGAGUGAGCAGCGAUGUGCCGCCAUCAAAACAGGCACUGGAAUCCGUGCCAAAGGCUGCUGUCUGGCAGGCGGCAUGGGCGGCACAGCGCGCAGCUGCUGGUGAGGACCUUCCUACAUGGACAUCGCCGGUUGCGGCACCCACUGCUGGACGUGUCUCCUCGAGCAAUUCGUUGUAUGCUUGCGAGGAUGUACCUUUGCAAGAUAUACCUGCAACAAUAAAUGGCGGCAUGGACGCUGCUGGCUAUGAUGACACGUCCGCAACACAGCAACUCCUGGGGAAACAGACAGCACCGCAGAGAUGGGACAGGAAGCGUAUGGAGUCCGUGCUUGCACCCGUGUUUGUGGUGGAUUUUGAUAACAGCCAGGUGACCAUCACCUACCUGAAUGGCCAUGGCCGCUCUGAAGUUGAGACACAGACAGACCAGUGCAGUCCCAAGGUGGUUGCUGACAAUUACGACGACUUGGGCACAGCCAGCCAGCAGAGCAGCGCCAUGGGCUCUGGAACGGAUGUCAGUGCUGAUUCGAGCUCUGCGGUGUCAAGUGAUGACGACAACAGCAUGGCGUCGUCACCAUCCUCCAGUACCAUGGAUAAGCACUACCCAGCUGAUCCCAGCAGCAGGGCAGCCACCACCAAAGGCAGCAUGUUUCAACAACUGUUAAGAAACAUGAACAUUUUCAGUCGUUGGAGGCAUCAGCGAGACCAAGCCACCUGCAGCGCUACCGGUGGCAAAGGUGGUCCCUUGCAAAGGCACUCCUCCGCAGCGUUUGGAGGGGCCGCAUCAGCAAGUCAUCAGGUAGCUGACAGCAGGGAUGUGCGAAGUGAUGAGGGUGGCGAGGAUUCCACUGACAAUGGCACUGUUUCAGCAGCAGCUGCGACACUUCGCGAUGGUGGAGUAACACCCGCUGUUGGCAGUGGCAGCUCUCCUAAGAAGAAGGGCAAGGAUGCCCUCGCAAGCAGUAGUGCGCAUGGUGGCGGCGCUACAAUGAAAGGCAAAACUGCACGCCAGACAGAUAGAGUGGGAGGGCAGAAGAAACGUACUAGGGCCGCUAAGGCUCACAAGGUACAGGAACGUGCUAAUGCAGGCCGGAAAGCAGCUGCUGACACUAAUGGCAAGGAGCCCAGGAAGUCCGGGGCUCCUACCAAAUUGCGUGAACCUGCGGCUGGUGAUGUGGCGACGGCCACACCUGCUGCUGCUGUUGACGGGCGAGGGAUGGAUGAGGUCAAGAAGGAAUCGAAGAAAUCCGUGGGGGUGCUUACCGGCAAGUCACAUGGAGCCGCCACAGCUGCCAAUUCAACAGCCACUGGUGGGAUGGGAGAUGGUGUGGACAGUCACGGCGGCGAGUCUGGAAGGGAGGACAGCCCCCUUGAUGGCACUACCAAAAAGCCUGCCGGUGGGUCUAGGCUUAAGAAAGGUAGCAGGGGCAGCAAGACCGGGAAUUUUCGCCUCUGGUGGUGGAAGCAGCAGGCCAGAGGUACACCGGCUGUGGAAAUGGAAGGCGGAGGACCAACCAACCAGAAAUCAACAGGCGAACCGGCGGAAAGGACCCAAGAGCCAGUGAAACAAGCCUCUGCUGUUGCAGUGGCAGCAGGCGAUUCUGCUGAUGAAGCCAGUCCGAGGAAGUCCGCCAGGAAGGGGGGCAAGGCAAGCAGGUUGCUGAAGGAAGCUGAGCUUAACAGUGGAAGUCAUCAUGGAGGGCCCAAGAAGGCAGACAACAGAGAUACCCACGUAGAGGUGGAGGAGGUAAAAGACAACAUUGCUGGAGAUACUGCUGGUCCGGAAAUGGCUGAUGCAUCGCCGGUGGUUAAUGACGACCCUGGCAAGGCCUCUGGUAGUGCGGUCAGCAAGAAGGGGAAAGCAUCUGGCAGAGACGCAACACCAGCUGGGACAAGGAGCGGUGGCGGUAGCAGCUGGUUUCGCAGUAUGGUUGGCAGCUCAAUGCUCGGCUGGUUGCCGAAGGCUAAGCAGCAGCCCAAAGUUGCCGGCCCUGCCCCUGGGCUUCAACCUGGUGGGGAGGUUGACAGCAAGCAGCAGAAGCAUACGAAUGCCGCCUCAAAGCAACAGCCUGCUGGUGAUCAUGAAACCGUGCAUGCUGCCACCGACCAGGUGACUGCUCUGGACGGUGCGUCAGCUGGCCCAGUGGGUGACACCUUGGUGGCGGUAGCAUCACAGCGGGACAGCGAGGGUGAAGUGGAUGGCGUCGACAGCAGCAGCUUGCCAGCGGAUCAAGCUGCUGGAGCUAAAGCGGAGCUUGACAAAGCUAAGGAUGAUGAAGGCCCACCCGCGAGUGAUAGGGGCGAUCAGGCGACAGAAAGAAAAUCCGAGAAGCGCAAGAGCAAUGCCAUUGGUGGCCUCUUUGCCAGGAUCCUUGGACGACAUCGAAGCAGCAGCAGCAGUAGCCAUAAUGUGCAACAUAUGCGGAAUAAAACAGCAGCUGGCGGGAAAAAUGUGCUGGACAGCACUACCCGGGCACCUGAUGGUGAGGGGCUAAAGACUACAACUGCCCCUGGGCCAGGUGGCUCACACCCAUCUGUCGAUAUCGGCAAGCAGCAUGAGCCUAGGAAUGCCAACAAGCAGGAAACAAAUGCUGAUGACGCGUCGGAGCAACUGGCAGCAGCCACAUUGGAAAGAGAAGAAAUGGCUGUUGAGCCAGCGCCUAUGGCAGCAUCUGUGGCAAGCAGUUCUGAGUUGCCUGAGACAGCCAUGCCAGCAGAAUCUGCUGAGUUGCAAGCCACGAUAACUGGUGCCGAGAAGAAUAUUGAGGCUAAAGUUGCGGCCGCACAAGUGGUUGCUGCAAAGGCUGGCUCCUCAACUUCCGCAGCGAACAAGCCGGGCAGCAGCCAGGGUGUGAAGGGGAAGGGCAAAGGCAAGAAACGUACAAAGAAGGCGGGCAAGAGGUCCUCAUCGUCAUCACCCACAGCUACUUUAGCAGCCCUGCCACCGCCUCAAGGCCCCAAAGCCAAGCUCAUGCAGAAGCUGCUCAAGCUAUCCGAUGUCGUGAAUGCUCAGCGUGCUGCGGCUACGGUAGCAGGUGUGGCCUCACCGUCUCCCCUUGCUCAAGACAGCCGCAGCGGCGUCCAAGUCGCAAGCGUUUCAUCAACAGCGGCGACAGGAGCAACAGCCGUAGUUCACACUUCAGCUCGCCAGGAGGACACGUUAGCGCAGGCCGCCGGCCCGGGCGGUGAAGGGAGCGAAUCCAGUGAGGCUAAGCAGGUGCAGCAGCAAGAGCAGCUUGCGGCCACAGGCGUGUCAGAUGCUUCCCUGCCGCACAACAAGCCCGGUGCUCUGGAGCGGCUCAAGAACACAAUGACAAGGACGCGCGGGAACGCAGCUGCUGCAGCCAUCGCGGACCACAAGAUUACCAAAGUCGGCGCCAGAGCUGCUGCUGCUGCUACUGCUGCUGCUACCGCUGCAGAGUCUGACAGUGAGGGCCACGGCGACACCGUUGUCGGAGCACUAUUGCCGCAGGACAGUAAUGCAUCAGCAUCUGUGGAUCAGGUGCAGGAUCAGGUCAUGUGGGGUACACAACGCAGCAACAAGCAUGACAGCAGCCCCCAGCCUUCAGCUGGCGACGGUGACAGUGCAGCCGGGCCAUCAAAGCCUGGUGGGAAGGCAACCCUUAUGGAGCGCAUGAUGGCAUCGUUGCGCAGGCCCAAGCACCAAACUGAGGUGCAGGUUUCUUUUACGGAGGCCCGAAAGGAGGGACGAAAAGGGUUUGCUGAUGCUGAUGCGGCUGCGGGCCAUAGACCUGCUCCUGGUAGAGCCAUGGGCCUUGCCCAACAGGAACAGCAGGUGAAAGGGGAAGCAGCAGCACCCGCGCAAGGUUCCUCCGCUGUUGCGGCGACGGCUGCCCAACCGCAGCCAGCGUCACAAGCACUGACCAACACAGCCACCAGGUUACCAGCCCAAUCAGCUCUUGGCGCGAGCCCGGUGGUGCGACACGCACAGCAAGAAGAAAACCUGAUGACUUCCAUUCGAAACAAGAGGUCCGCUCCCGAACAGCAAGAGAGUAACCCCAAUAAUGCAAGUGGACGCCUGGGCGGCACAAUGGCUUCAUCCGUAGCUUCCGGCGGCUGGGCCGUCCAGCAGAGUAUGCCGAGUGGAAGCAACAGGACUGGAGGUGGGCUGAGUGGCCUUGCCGGUAGCGCGCCGGGCAGUCCGCUCAUGCAGUCACUGAUGCGGUCAACAAUAAACAAGACAGCCACCAUGAUCCGCGGCCAAGACGUCAACCCCAGCAGCAGCACUAGGGAGGAUGUCGGAGCAGGGGGUUCACCACUGAGGGCAACAGCCAUCACGGCAAAGCAGCUGGCUGACUUUGGUCUGCCACCUAGCAAGUGGUGA